CGAUCAUAACCUUCCGUGCUCAUCGCGUGCCAUGCGUCUUUCACGCAACAUGGCGACCGGCAAAGGACUUGCUGUGAUUUUUCACCCGAAGACCAUCAAUCUGAUUGGAAAUAAUAAGCUGAACAAGUUCUCGCGCGGCGUUUUGCGGCAAUGCAGCACGUGCCAGCAGCAUGUGAUGACCGUCGCAUCGACUGUCGGUGGCUGGAAUCGUGAAAAAAACAUGGGAAGAAUAAUGCAGCCAUAUAGAGCCAUACAUCUAACACGUAGAUUGUUAAAACGUAACUAUUACGAAAUCCUGGGUGUUUCCAAGAAUGCCUCAUUAAAAGACAUAAAAAAGGCAUAUUAUCAGCUUGCUAAAAAAUAUCAUCCUGACACGAAUAAAAAAGACCCGGAUGCCAAUCAGAAGUUUCAAGAAGUUUCUGAAGCAUAUGAAGUAUUAAGUGAUGAUACUAAGAGGAAAGAAUAUGAUACAUGGGGUACAACCUCGGAGCAGAUGGGUAUGGGAAUGGGUCAGAGUCAGGGACCCAAGAGUUACAAUCAACACUGGCAGUACAGAUCGACUAUUAAUGCAGAAGAAUUGUUUAGAAAAAUAUUUGGCGAUGCUGGAUUCCAAAGUGGAACCUUCAAUGAUUUUGAAGAUUUUACAGAAACAAAAUAUGGUUUUGGAGCAGCUCAAGAGGUGAUAAUGAAUUUAACGUUUUCCCAAGCCGCUAGGGGUGUGAAUAAGGAUAUUAAUGUGAACGUAGUAGACACUUGUCCGAAAUGCCGUGGUUCACGUUGUGAGCUAGGAACUAAGUCGGUAAAAUGCCAAUAUUGCAAUGGUACUGGAAUGGAAACAAUAAGCACUGGUCCUUUUGUAAUGAGUUCGACUUGUCGGUAUUGUCAAGGCACGAAGAUACACAUCAAGUUCCCUUGCACAGAAUGUAACGCAAAAGGACAAACGGUACAACGUAAGAAAAUAACAGUGCCAGUUCCAGCUGGAGUAGAAGACGGUCAAACGAUCCGUAUGGCAAUAGGCAAGAAAGAGAUAUUUGUAACAUUCCGUGUGGAGAAGUCUCGAUAUUUCCGUCGUGACGGGCCCGACGUGCACACUGAUGCCGAAGUCUCGCUGGCACAGGCAGUGCUGGGUGGUACAAUACGAGUGGAGGGCGUGUACGAAGAUCAGACUAUACAAAUAAUGCCAGGUACAUCGUCCCACACGCGAAUCCGUCUAAAUAGCAAGGGAUUGAAAAAGGUCGACGGACUGGGUUAUGGCGAUCAUUAUGUAAACGUAAAGAUUACUGUGCCGAAACAAUUGACGGAUAAGCAGCAAGCGUUGUUUCAAGCAUACGCCGAACUUGAGAUCAAUACUCCCGGCAGUAUACAUGGUAUAACAUAUAAAACAGAUGGUACUAAAGAGUGUUAUUUAGGUCCAUUGCACUUGGUGGAAUCUAUACGAAUAGCACUAGGAAAUACGUCUAACCUAGGAAAUCACAACAACCAGUCAUCAUCUUCUGAGCCCGAGAAUCCAGGAGAUAAACCUCUUAAUAAUAAGUCCGUACAUACCAAAGAUACGUCGGACGUCGAUAGCAAAAAUAAUACUAACGCUGGAAUGCAACGACAAAAAGUGCCCCAGUAAUCAAAGCAAUCUGUAGAGAGCUAAAGAAUACUGUUCGCGUCGUUACUGAUAAAUAAAUUCUAAUUCGCACUAGCAUUAUCGUGAAAAUUUUUGGGUCUGAAAUUAUUGCACUUAUUAGUAAUAUAUUUCGAUCAAGUUGAACAAGCAUGUGAAUUGUUACGAGUAAGUGAUGCCAGUCUGAUGUCGCUUAGGUAACAUAUAGCUGUACAGUCGUAUCAUAGCGUACAAGAGUUUGUCUUUAUUACAUCUUAUUUAAAUAAAGUGUACAUGAAGAUAAAUAUAACUGUUAUUUGUCCAUCUUAAUCGAGAUGUAUAUUUAUAAAAUAAAUUUUCUGCAACACGUAUCCCUUUACAUAUACGUGAAAAAUGAAUUCACAUUCUCUUAUGCAGGUUCUUUAAUUUUUUUUUCUUUUACAUACCCACACGCGCGCGCGCACACCCGUUACAAGUAAA